UAAGAUGAUUAAGCCUACAAAAAUGACAAUGAAACAGUAAAUGUAGUAAAAUCAGCAUUGAUUGCAUUACAAUGUGUGCAGUCGUGCCGUGCUCUUCAUCUGAACUUCAGUCUGGCAGACACUGAAGAGUGAAGAAAAGUUGCUCUGCAGGCUCACUCUCAACGAAGCACCCAAUGGCCAGCCAAAUAACCCAAAGGAACUAAAUGAAGUUUGAUAUUACUUUUUUAAGGGCAAAUACUUGGACGGCGACGUCGGAAAGAUGGUCGUUUAUGGCAGUGCGCGAAAAGAGGAGUACGUCGCAGGGCUUCUUGUGCUUGCGGCGGCGGGGUUUGGGCUCUUUAUGCAUGAAGUCUCGGCUUUUGCUGCCUGGAGAUUUGAGGAAGAAGCUCUCAUGUCUGGUGUUUUAAUCAUUGGUAUCCGUAAAGACGCCCGCUCCCACGUGCUUCACCUUUCCAGAAACAAACGCUACACGCUUACUCCAGAGAACCUUAAGUGGGACAAAUUCAAGCUGACCUACAAACUCUUGUCAUUUCCAAGGAAUGUUUUGAAUGCCACUGACACUAGAAGAGGCAUAGCCAAAGCUUUCUCCAUGUGGAGUGAUGUUUCACCCUUUAGUUUUCGUGAAGUCCCUUCUGAUCAAGAGGCAGACAUCAAAAUUGGUUUUUACUCUGUAAACCACACUGAUUGUCUUCAGUCGUAUCUGCAUCACUGUUUUGACGGCAUCACGGGUGAACUGGCUCACGCCUUCUUUCCCCCGACUGGAGAGAUCCACUUUGAUGAUGAUGAGUACUGGAUUCUGGGAAAUAUGCGCUUUAGCUGGAAUAAAGGAGUGUGGCUAACAGAUCUAGUGCAUGUGGCGGCUCAUGAGAUCGGUCAUGUGCUGGGUUUAAUGCAUUCCCAGAAUCCCAAAGCUUUGAUGCACCUCAAUGCCACAUUGACGGGUCGCAAGCUCAUCACUCAAGAUGAAGUCUGGGGCUUACACAGACUCUACGGAUGUUUGGAUCGAUUAUUUAUCUGUCCUGCCUGGGCAAGAAAGGGUUAUUGUGACAGUAAGAAGAGGUUAAUGCAGAAACAUUGCCCUUUCAGCUGUGACUUCUGUUACGAAUUCCCAUUUCCCACCAUCCCGCCGACUCAAGCCCCUCCCCGGACAAAACACAAGUUUGUUAUCGAAGGAAAGAACCUCACCUUUCGCUGUGGCAAAAAGAUAGCAGCCAAGAAAGGCAAAAUCUAUUGGUAUAAAGAUGGUGAGCUCCUGAAAUUCUCUCACCCGGGCUACAUUUCCCUGAAGGACGACCACAUCACUAUUGUUGCAAACGCUAUCAAUGAGGGCACAUACACCUGCAUUGUGAGGAAGAAGAGCAAGGUGCUGACCACGUACUCUUGGAGAGUACGAGUGCGUUUUUAAGAGCUUAUUAUCAAAGCAUUAGCACAAAGACAGAUCCAGACCGGCCGCCUCUCAUCCAUGAUAAAGAACGUCACUCAUCUCAGGAUCGGCAUGUCGUUGAAGAAACAGAGAAGUUUUGGAGAUCAUGGUUAAAGAAGCGGCUCACACAGAAAUUACUCACCCUCGUGCUAUGAUUUAGCAGUUUAGAGUUGUUAUGCACUGUGAAAAUAAAAAAUAAUAAACAAGUGUAUACAAAUCCUUCUUUGUUUUUGAUCAAACCAUUAUGGUUUUUGUGUUCUGUAGAUUAAAGAAAGAAAUAUAAGUUUUAAAGGGCAUGACUGUGAAAUAAUGACGACAAAAUAUUCAUUUUUGAGUAAAGUAUCACUUAAAAGUUCACCACAGAACAGUGAAACAUCCCUCACUUGAACACAUAAGAUUACCCUUGUAAUAAAAGUGUUUUGUUUUUGGUGCUGUAAAUACAUUUGCUAAUAAAAUAACUGAU